GUGUACGAGUACUGUGUGUACAGAGCUGUACGGUAAUUCUGAACAAAGCCCACUCACUCACUCACUCACCCACCCACCAUAUAUCCCAGAGCUUGAGUUCCUUUCGUGGAAUAGCAAGACAUACAGACAUACAAUGAUUUAUUGAAAAAUACAGACCUUGUGCGACAGCGACAAUCAAAGGAUCAUCAUGUGGAUCACGUACUUUAUUUUAUGCCUUGUAACUUUGACUUUGGCCAGUACCGACGGCAAUGUUAAUGAUAUGCUCAUUCAUAUCCGGACAAUCAUGGAGCGUUAUCCAAUGGACGAAAUUCGAUGGAACGACUUGGCUAUUCAUUGUCAAGAGAAUUGCGCUCGGGUUCUUAGAAUCCAUCCCCAUGCCAAAAUAAUUCAGGAUCACAAUUGUUUGCAUCAAGAGACAAUCGUCACGGCCUCUUUGCCUCAAGAUCUGUCCUUUGGAAAGUGUACUUGGAUUAUACUGCAGAGCGAGGAACAAGAGCAGGUUCUGGAUUGCAACAUACCUCCCUUUCAAUCUCAAGUUUAUCUUUUAAAGUUACUGCAACAGAGCAGAUUUGAACUGUGGGAAACAUACCAAGUGGAAAAUGUGCGCGAGAGAAACUUGGUUCAGAUUUGGAACAAUAAAACGCUCUUAUUUCAAAACGAAGCCAUUUUAGAACGUCGGAGUUCUCUGGCGAGUGCCCACUUUAACGUAAUUAUGGCGGAAUGGCGGCCAUUUCAAUACAUUCAAGGUUAUGACGUGGAAAAUGCACAAGGUUUCUCCAUGGACCUCUUGAAAACCCUUCAAUCAAGCAUGAACUUUUCGUAUACGCUAAAUGGCUCCGAAUACCAGAUCCAAGGGGACGUCUUCAAAAAUGGAUCCAUAUACGGACUUCUUGGACUGGUGGCUCAGGGACAAUACGACUUUGGUGCCACUGUGUUCGUCAUGAGCGAGGAUCGAUCCAAACACUUGAAUUUACUUUAUGUGGGCACCUCCAUCACGAGAGUCAUCAUAUCUUGGAUUCCGCCCAUCAUUGGAGUCAAUGAUGCCAUUUUAAGCAUGUUCAACGUGGAUGUUUGGGCCGUUUAUGCCAUUUCCCUGUUCUUAUUGACCACCUAUGGAUCCAUGAGCUCAAUGGCAAGCCGGCGUCACACUGGUGUGAAAGAUCACGGCGAAGUGGGCUUGGCCAUCCUUGGAAGCCUGUUUGGGCAAGGAGCAGCGCAUCCUUUGAAUUUGAUCUCGUUCCGCAUCUUAUUGAUUACCGCUUUUCUCUUGGGAUUGAUGUUCUCGAUCACGUUUUCGGCCAGGCUGAUUUCAUCCUUGAGCGUGCAAAAAGAGAUCAACAAUCUGGCCACUCUUGAGCAAGUGGAAGAGGAAGGGGUGGAAAUGUUCAUUCCUGGUUUUGGAGCCGAUUUGACCCACUAUUCCGAGGCCAGUUCAGACACCGUGGAAGGACGUUUAUGGCAGAAGAAGAUCGGUCGAUCUCCAGAGUUUCACACCAAUCCGUAUAGCCUUCAAGCCUUGAUUGGCCAUUCCUCGAAGGAAGCCGUGGCUUUGGGAUAUCAGAAUGUGGUGGAUGAAUACCGAAGUCGAAAUCCUGGGGUGGGUUGCAAGUUACAAACGAGUAAAGUGCCUUUUUUCAAUGGCAGACUUCACUUCCCGUUUCGACCCGAUUUCCCUUAUUUGGAAGUGUUUCACUUUCAACUCCAAAAGAUGGAACAAUCUGGGAUCAUCGACAAGUUGGUACAGAAAUGGGUGAAGAACAUCGAAUUGACUGAAGAGUUCAUGUGUCAACAUUCCAACCAAAAUGAAGUGACCCAAGUCACAUUUGCAAGUGUGACAAAGUUCUUCUAUACGAUUGGUUUUGGAGUCAUAGCUGGGCUGAGCAUUUUAAUUGUGGAACUGAUCAUACGUUGCAAACGAAAAGCAUUCUCUGUUUACGCAGAUCUCCAACGAGGCAUUGCUUUGCAAGUGAUGAAGCUUCAUUAAAGCCCAUUUGUUUUUUGCGACAAUACGAGUAGAUGGAUUGAGCGAGGUCUCGACGGCAAAUUCAUUUCCUUAGUCACUAGUUUUUAGCAGGCAAAGACUUCACUUCAAAGGCUUCACACGUCACUGAAAUAGCAAAGCUCCCUUUUUCAAAUGGACAAGGGCUGACGCAACAUGCGCAAUGCCACUGAAUCACGUCACCUGUUAAUGAAUGUUCUGCCCUUUCUAUAAGCACGUACUAAGAAAACAAACGGAUAAAAAUUUUCACAUUGACCUACGUGCAGUACACCAGAGAACAGAAAUAAAACCAACACGAUUAACGGACAUGCUACAACCAAAAUUCAAUUCCGUUUUCAUGUUGAGAGGCGUACUAUCGACAUCAACAAAUAUACCACGCAAUUGAAAAUACAUGUUCGGCUGUUGCAGAGAAUAUAAUCGAAGUAUUUGUCUACCAAUGACAACAUAAGGUCAGUAGUUAACAGGAUUUGACACUCCUGGAGAGUAUAUCUCUCCGAUCCAGGGU